AUGUCGACGGCCCACAGCGACGUCUCAGAGUUUUUUCGAACUUGCAGCAUUCGGGACCUUCAAUGGUUUGCAAAUGCCAGUACGGAAUAUUUUAUCAGUCUUAGAGAAAGCAAUGUCGAUGCAUCAGCAUUCACGCCCAAGAAGUUCAUCAUCAAUCGGGAUGAACGUACGAUUCCUUUCCCGGAGGUAGGUUCAGGUAGCCACUUCGUCUUAGAUGCUUUCGGUGCAUUUAUUACCUGCCUUCUCGGCUCCGCUUCAUGGGAUAACGAUGUUGAAGUCGCAAAACAAAGUCGGAUUCGCUGCCGAAAUACAACACUAAUUGCCCUUGACCUGAUCUACAAUAAACUUGCAGAAGACAAGUUGACGGCAAAAUGGGUUCCGAUCGCACAGAAGCACCAGUCCGAUAUUCUCACCAGCCGCAGCCGGACACAGGUGGUGUCAGACCUCAUAUCGCAUGGGACCAGUAAGAUUGAUAUUGCUUCUAACAUCAGCUCGACGGUUCAUACCAGGCCGCUAUUGACCACAAGCGAUAUAACAAAACCGAAGGAGCCAGUUACUCUUGUCAUGCCAUGCGCGGGUCGGUCAUCGCGAUUUCCAGGCCACAAGCCCAAAUGGCUCCUCACCCAGCCGAACGGACGGCUCAUGCUUGUCGACGCUGUUGGAGGCCUGGAUCUCGAAAACGUCACACGUGUUAUCGUUGGAGUUCUUCAAGAGCAUGUCAGCCUACACUGCGGAGGAGAACCAGAAGCUAUUCUCGCCGCCUUCGCAGACGGACCGCCACACCUGCGAAAUAUCGAAAUCGUCCUCGUAGUCAUCGAGAAAGAGACAAUUGACCAAGUCCAAACCAUUGAAAGAAUCCUGGAGGCGGCGUCUGUCACUGGACCAAUCUUUCUCAAGGAUUGCGAUAACCAGUUUGCCUGUCCCGUCCAAGCAACGAACGGCGUUGCUACUCUCGAGAUCACGAAAGACGUUCUCUCCAUCUCUAUUCCAGCAGGGAAAUCCUACGUCUCGCUCACGCCCUCGGGAGUCAUCACCAACAUCGUUGAGAAAGUCAUCGUCGGCAACACGUUCUGUGUCGGUGGAUACUCCUUCGCCUCAGUCGAGACCUUCAAAACACACACUCAGAAGUGCCGCGAGUACCGAGAACUCACCUGUUCAACGAAUACCGAAUUAGCAGUCUCAGACAUUAUCUGGCUUCAAAUGCUCACGACGUCCGAACCCUUCGUUUCGAUGCCGGUCAGCGGAUAUAAAGAUUGGGGUACGCUCUCCGCCUGGCUUGACUACACACGAACUUUCAAAACGCUGUUCUGUGAUGUUGAUGGGACGUUGAUCAAGAACUCGGGGCAGUACUUUGUGCCGAGAUGGGGUACGCAGCCGCCCUUGGAGGACAACGUCGCUCAUUUGAAGAAGUUACAUAAGGGAGGGAGGAUCCAGAUCAUCUUGACCACUACGAGACCCGAAACUUUUAGAGAGUUGACGGAGAAGCAAUUGAAGGAGGCUGGAAUACCGUAUGAUAAGUUGGUGUUGGGACUUUGGCAUGGGCAGAGGGUUGUGAUUAAUGAUUAUGCGAAGACAAAUCCAUUUCCAAGCGCGGUGGCGGUGAACUUAAAGAGGAACGCUGAUGAUUUGAGGGAACAUUUGGAAUACUAA